AUGGAUAGCCUUUCAACUCCUCCGCCAAUACCAAGCCGCCAUAGACAACAUACUCGUCGAAGGUCGCUCCAAGGUCCUUCGACACCUUCUUCAAAUCGCGUGCAUAUACAGCCGGCUUCUCCAGAAGUGAUUUCGUCCUUGAUAACGUCUCUAUCGAUCAUAUCUUCUCCUGCGAACCAGUUAUUCGAGCACGAUGGCGGAAGUCACUCGACGCCGGCAUCUCCAGCUCAUAUGCAUACUACUUUCAAUACAACAUUCGGCAGCUUGAACGCGCCUAGUGGGUCUAGAUCAUCAGGUGGAAGUUUCGGUAUAGAUUAUGGCGCAUUCAGGCAGCCGUCACUAGGAGAUCUACAAGAAGACGAAUCCUUGGACGAGCUGGCUGCCAGUCCGCCGGUUAUUCGAACAGCAAAGCCACCAUCAGGAUUCUCUCCUCUAACAGCCCCUCCAAAGGCGUCAGGGCGGGAUGUGACCCCAAUGAAGAGCUUCUUGAGAGGCAGCUCGAGACCCUCAUCAAAUGGAUCGGCAGGAUCAAAGGACCGGGAUGAUACAAGCACCAUCGGCAGUCUCUCUAUUGAACCUGGAAUAACUACCUCCGACGAUUUACGGAGAAAGUCUUCAGGCGAUAGCUGGGGCAAGAAGCAAGCAAGGAAUUCGAAGGGCUUGAUGUACAUGAGCUCGAAAGAACGACUUCGAGAAAGGGAGCAAGAACGAAAGAGAGUCAGUGGUCCCACUGUAGCCGGAAAAUCGAAAACCGCUGGACUGGAUCGGAUUCCCCUGCCUCACUUUGAUACUGAGUCUUUCAUGGCAGAGAGCGUCAUUGGUGAAGAACCCGAAGAGUCAUCCCCGCCCAAGCCCGAGUCAGCUGCUGCAGUUCCUCGUACAAGCGGUGUGAGUCCAGCUCUCGCUGCAGUCAGUCCAGGUGGUAUUGGCUCGGGGAGGUUUAUACCUGCGAGAGAUUCGUCGCUUCGUAAUUCUACAGGCGCAGGGCAUAAACGUUCGUCCCAAAGGUCAAGUCGCCAAAGCAGCAAGCAACGAGCUAGUGAAGAUGGGGAUGACUCUACCCAGAGGCCUGAUGUACAGAAACAAGAGCGCAAGCGUGAACGAAGUCGACGGGAUCACCAAGUCCUGAAGAGUGAGGGAAUUUCAAGCAUGAUGGAACCUCUGGAUGACCUGGAGAUGCCGCCGCCAAAUGCAACCACGCUAGCAAACAAGAAAGUGCGCGACAGCGGCGAUAUGGAGGAAUUGCAACCUGUUGAAAGUAGGGACGAAGGUGCGCCUGCGCCGGCUGUUCCUCAACGGAAAGCUCGGGUUGGCCCUGAUAAUUCUUCCAGUCAGAAGAAAAAGUCUACCAAAGCCGCACCUGAGCCAUUAGACAUAACAGCGUCUCAAACAAAGCGAAGCGGAUCACGAAUAAAACGCUUAUCUGCUCCUUUAAGCCCAAGCGCCACAGAGAAAGAUCCACACCAGAGGAGCACCUCCAAUCCGUUGCUAUCACGAGUUGGCUCUCCUGAGCCCACCAAGCAACCACAGAUCCAUGUGGAUGAUCGGCCAUCAAGUGCCGAUUCCAUUGACGAUGCUGUUGAGGCUUACCUCCGCUCUCCGCGCCUAUCCCAAAAGAUCAAGCAUCCUCAAACUGGCAGGACAAUUUCGUUCUCUGAGGUUGGCGAUUCAGAGGGGUUCGCAGUGUUCUGUUGUGUUGGCAUGGGACUAACGAGGUAUAUUAUGGCCUUCUACGAUGAACUUGCCUUGACCCUGAAGUUACGAUUGAUCACGCCGGAUCGGCCUGGUGUCGGAGACAGUGAGCCAUAUACCGAUGGCACUUCGACACCACUUAGUUGGCCUGAUGAUGUUUAUGCUAUAUGCCAGGCAUUAAAGAUCACUAAGUUUUCCAUCUUGGCUCAUUCUGCAGGUGCGAUCUAUGCUCUGGCAACAGCGCUCCGAAUGCCCCAACAUAUCCGUGGCCGUAUACAUCUCCUGGCGCCGUGGAUACCACCCUCGCAGAUGAAUGUUAUUGGUGGUCAAGCUGCUUCUCCUCCCAAUAACUCUUUACCAACCUCCCAGCGCAUUCUUCGUGCGCUGCCGACCCCAAUUCUGAAAGCCGCAAACUCGAGCUUUAUGAGUGCCACGAGUAGCUCAAUAACAAGCAGCCUCCCGAAAUCACCAAGACGAAAUAAACGGAGGACGACGGAACGCAGCAGUGCUGGAAAGUCUGCACUUUCACCAGCAAUGGAUCAAGAGAACCAUGGCAACUCAACGGUUUAUCCAGAUCCCUCGAAACCAAGGACGUUGGAACAAGCAGCGAAGGACCCUAUAGAUCCUAACUCCGAGGCUGCGAUUUUGGCCGCCGCAGCUAGUACUUUGGCCCAUAAAGAGAGACAGAUGACAUAUGACACACGGCUCACGCACGCCAUCUGGGAUUUGGCCACUUCAGGCGCGAACCCUGCAGUUGAUCUACUUGUCUGUUUAGAAAGGAGACACACGAUUGGAUUCCGAUAUGUUGACAUAACGCGGGCAGUGGUCAUCCACCAUGGCAGUAAGGAUACCAGAGUUCCCGUCGAAAAUGUUAGGUGGUUAGGCAAGACGAUGAGGAGGUGUGAGGUCCGAGUACUUGAAGGCGAGGGUCAUGGUCUCAUGGCGUCUGCUACAGUCAUGGGUGGUGUCCUGAUGGAGAUCGCUCGGGAAUGGGAGGACUGGGUGAAGGUUACCGGUGUUAAUAUUAAUGGCAAGAACGACGGAGGCAGGAGGACCUUGAGAGAGAGGGCCAGCGUUGGAGCUUUCAGGUGA